AUGCCGAUGUUUCGUGUCAAAACGGUCUUCCCUCUGAUCGCCCUCUUCUCCAUUGGGUUCUUCUUCUGGUGCGUCGAACGUUUCGACCAGGCUGCCCUCCUGCGCUUCAAGCACCCGGUCGACCGUGUCGCUGGAUCGACCUCUCCUCAGAUCCAGCUGCAACCAACGCCUCCCCCGUCUAAAGCAUGCGACGUGGAUCCUGGCCUCUUGCCCCCUCUGCCUUUCAGCGAAUGGCUUCCUCGCAAGAACUACACCCGUGCCUACUUCCGUCCUCACCAUGUGAGCCCCAAGACCGAGUUCAACUCGCUGGAGGAUAUCGAAAUCCCGGUUCUUCCCCCUAUGACUGUCAUGGAGCGUGGUAUGAUCGUGUCGCCGGAGAACGAGGAAGCGUCACUGCCCUGCCCCCCGAUCAUCGACGUCAACGUCGCUGCUGACCACGAUGUGGACGAGACCGAUAAGCUCUUGUUCGGUCUGGCUACCACUGCUGAUCGUCUGGACCGUCUACUUCCUUCUCUGCUGUACUCUUACGGAAACACCAAGGCUGGUAUCAUCGUGCUUGUUCCGGAGUCGGACGACGACAUCCCGAAGCAGGAGGCUUACUUCCGUAACCGUGGCUUGGACUUGACUUUGAUCCAGUCUCCCCUGGACUUCACUGCUCGUUACUUCGGUCUGGUGCAGGCGUUCUCGGAGCACAUCAAAACCAAGCGCCCUCAGACCCAGUGGGUCAGCUUCAUUGAUGAUGACACUUUCUUCCUGUCUCUGUCGACCAUUGCCGAGGAAUUGAAGCUCUUCGACGUGAGCAAGAAGCACUACAUUGGUGCUCUGUCUGAGGCCAGCUGGCAGGUUGAUACUUUCGGCCACAUUGCUUUCGGAGGUGCUGGUGUCUUUGUUUCCAAGCCCCUUCUCGAUGUCCUGGAUGAAUACUAUGAUGAAUGCCAGUCGUGGGGCGAGCAGCCCGGUGACCAGAAGCUCGGCCAAUGCAUCCAGAGAUACGGAGACACUCCCCUUACCCUCUGGCCCUCGUUGUACCAGAUGGAUAUGAAGGGCGAGGUUGACGGUGUCUACGAGUCUGGUCGCAAGAUCGAGAGUCUGCACCACUGGAACAGCUGGUAUUCCAAGGAUGUCGUGAAGAUGACCACCGUGGCCGCCGCCGCGGGUCGCCGAUCCGUUCUUCGUCGCUGGGUCUUUGACCAGGAGGAGAUUGUCAACAACGCUACCGGUCGCUCCAUCCGCACUUUCUGGGUCUUCACCAACGGAUACUCACUCGUCAAGUACACCUACGAUGAGAACACGCCCGACGAUGCGAUCAACUUCGACCACGCGGAGAAGACCUGGGAGGAAGAUCCCCGGGGUUACGAGGCGCGCCUGGGACCCCUCCGCAACCGGGAUCAGGAGGGUGUCACCAAGGAUCGUUGGCUGUUGCGGGACGCUUACGUGGUUGGUGAUAAUGUGCACCAGUGGUAUGUGCGCGAAGAAGAUGAAGGCCACAGCGUUAUCGAGAUCGUCUGGCUCGGCCCCAAGGGUGGCGGUGGUGCCGGCAUCCACGACUAUGGUGUCCGGAAACAACAUCACUAA